GGCUCCGCAGACCGGCCAUCGGCCCGGGAAGACCCACCCGGGGACAGCAGCGAUGGGGCUGGCCACCGUGCUCUGCGCCCUGUGCCUACUGCCCCGCAGGCUGGCCUGGCCUCUCCCCCGGGAGGCUGGUGGCGUGAGUGAGCCACAGUGGAGACACGCUCAGGACUAUCUCAAGAGGUUUUAUCCACCUGACUCAGAAUCGAGGGAGGCCGACAGCUUCGAAGCCAGACUCAAGCUGAUGCAGAGGUUCUUCCGUCUGCCGGUGACCGGAGUCCUGAACUCCCGCGUCAUAGAAAUAAUGCAGAAGCCCAGAUGUGGGGUCCCAGACAUCGCAGAGUACUCACUCUUCCCAACCCAGCCAAAGUGGAUUUCCAGAGUGGUCACCUACAGGGUUGUAUCGUACACGCCAGACCUGCCGCGUGUCAUUGUGAAUCAACUAGUGGCAAAGGCCCUGAGGAUGUGGAGCCGAGAGAUCCCGCUUUCCUUCAGGAGACUUUUAGUGGGGACGGCGGAUAUAAUGAUCGGCUUUGCAAGAGGAGCUCACGGGGACUACUACCCAUUUGACGGACCAGGAAACACCCUGGCCCACGCCUUUGCCCCUGGGCCGGGCCUUGGAGGAGACGCUCACUUUGAUGAGGACGAGCACUGGACGGACGGUAGCAGGAUAGGAGUUAACUUCCUCAUCACUGCGACCCAUGAACUUGGUCAUUCUUUGGGCCUGGGUCACUCGUCUGAUCCCAAUGCCGUGAUGUAUCCAACCUACAGAGUCACAGACUCCAAGAACUUCAAACUUUCACCAGACGAUAUCGAAGGAAUCCAGAAGUUGUACGGAGAGAAAAGUAAUUCAAGAAAGAAUUAGGAGCGUGGGGAAGAACACACAUUCAUUCAGUGGAUUCUGUGGGGUUGCUCCCCAGCCAGAGUUAAUGCUCACAGUCCCUGAGCUCCAUUUAGCACCUUGUCCGUCCUUCCUUGCAUCUCGGCUGGUUUUCACCUGUCUCGCUCUCCCGGGGAAAGCAGGAGUGUCUCCUGCUUUCCUCAAGCAGCUUGCACUGGGUAAAUGGCAAUAAAUGUUAAAUACACAGAUAAAUAAAGUUUUUACUC